AUGAUAUCCCUAAGAAUUGCCUUGGCGAUUAAUGCCCUUUCAUAUAUUUGUGCCCUCGUUGAGCUAGCGGUGGCGGAUGACUAUCGUCCAACCUUUCAUUUCUGCCCGGCGGAGAAUUGGAUGAAUGAGCCCAAUGGGCUGAUUAAGAUUGAUUCAACAUGGCACUUAUUUUAUCAGGCUGACCCAACAGCAAAUGUAUGGGGUAAUGAGUGCUGGGGCCAUGCAACCAGCUCCGACUUACUCCAUUGGGAUCAUCUGCCUGUCGCAAUUCCAGUCGAAAACGGAAUUGAAUCUUUCACUGGCACCUCUUAUUAUGAUGCUAAUAAUACAUCGAGGUUAGGCACGUCUACCAAUCCACCGUACUUAGCCUUUUUCACUGGGUAUACCUCUUCGAACGGAACGCAGGAUCAGCGCCUUGCUUACAGCACAGAUCUUGGGACAACAUGGUUGAAAUUCUCCGGUAAUCCAAUAAUAUCGGCAGCUCUGGAAGCACCUCAUGAUGUGACUGGAGGCCUCGAAAGUCGUGAUCCUAAAGUGUUCUUCCAUGAACCGUCAGGAAAAUGGGUUAUGGUCCUUGCGCAUGGUGGCCAGGACAAAUUAACAUUCUGGACGUCACUAGAUGCGAAAAGCUGGACGUGGAUGAGUGACCUGCUAGCUUCCCAAAUCGAGGGAUUCCCAUCUAGUAUCACUGGAUGGGAAGUGCCGGAUAUGUUUCAACUACCUAUCCAAGGCACUAAUGAGACCACCUGGGUUAUAAUCUUUACACCAGCUCAGGGAUCUCCGGCUGGUGGUAACGGUGUUGUGGCACUUACGGGAUCCUUUGAUGGGGAAACAUUCCUGGCUGAUCCUGUGGACUCUUCAACGUUAUGGCUAGAUUACGGUCGUGAUUUUGAUGGUGCUAUGAGUUGGGAAAACGUACCUGCAUCAGAUGGUAGGCUAAUCAUCGCCGCUGUGAUGAACAGUUAUGGUUCAAAUCCUCCUACCAACACCUGGAAAGGGAUGCUUUCCUUUCCGAGGACAUUAACACUCGAGAAAAUCGGCUCAAAGCAAUACUUUCUUCAGCAGCCAAUCGCUGAAUUAAGCACAGUCGAUAGCACUCUCGCAAGCAUUCAGAAUCAGACAAUUGCGCCAAAACAGACGUUACUUUCAUCAAUUCACGGAAGUAGCUUAGAUGUCCGGAUCGCUUUUAGUGUUGAUUCAGGUGCUACGCUGUCACUAGCAGUCCGAAAAGGGGGAUCUGAGCAGACAGUCAUCCGCUAUUCCCAAUCAAACUCGACGCUCUCCGUUGAUCGAACCGCGAGUGGGGAUAUCUCCUAUGACCCAGCAGCAGGAGGUAUCCAUAGCGCGCAAUUAGCACGGGACAAUACUGAGCUAGUCUACUUGCGAGUUUUAGUCGACACAUGCUCCGUGGAAGUGUUUGGAGGACAAGGAGAAGCAGUUAUAUCUGAUCUUAUAUUCCCUAGUAACUCUUCUGAUGGCUUAUCUUUGGAGGUAAUUGGAGGGACGGCCACUUUGCAGUCUGUGGAGGUGUUUUCAGUCUCACUUUGA